AUGUCCAACUCUCACGACGAAGAACUUGCUGAUUUCGAAGAAGAUAUCGAAGAAACAACAACAACAACAGCUACUGCUACUGCUGCGGAAGUAGAUGGUGAAGAAGAUAUCGAAGAUGAAGAAGAACAUGAAGAAGGUUCUGCUUCUGCCACUCACGAUGAAGUCCCAUUAGAAGAACAUCUCGUUAUGAAUCAAGAUGAUAUCGUAAAGGCAAUCGGAUACUAUGAAGAAUAUAAAACUAGAAAGAAUGCUUCAGCCAUUGAAUUAGUAGGUGAAGAAUUACAAGAAGCCUUGUCAUUGCUCGAUGAAGGAAUUGAAUUGUUGGGCAAUAACGUUGUGAGGGAUAGAGAAGAACAAUACGGAGAAUCAUCCAUUGAAUGUGCUGAAGUUUUAAUUGUCUAUGCUGAAAUGUUAAUUGAAAGAGGACGUUAUCAAGUUGAUAAUAUUAUUUCCGGAAGCUUGAAAAAGGCUAUUAAAAAGAACAUGGAUAUGCGUAAUGAAGAGGAAGUUGGAGAAGAAGAAGAGGAAGAAGAUGAAGAUUGUUUUGAACUUGCUUGGGGAGUUUUGGAAUUGGCCAGAGUUGCAUUUGUUAGAAUCCUUGUUUCUGGAAAGGUAUUGUCACCAAGUGAAUUGCAAUUGAAUUAUAGAUUGAAAUUGGCUCGUGUUCAUACCUUGUUGGCUGUCUUGAAUUCUGAAAAUGAUAACUUUAAUUCUGCAGUUGUUGAAUAUCAAAAUGCUUUAAAGCUUUAUGAUAUUGUUCUUAAGGAUUCUGAUAAUUUGUGUCUUGGUCUAUUUAGAGUUGCUGCCAAUAUUUUCCAUAAGAGAGAUGACUUGAAGGUUGACUUGUUACAAAAGAUUGCUGAAACACAUCUCGAAAUUGCCACAUGUCUUUCGAUGGGUGGUUCUGAUGUUCCACCAGUUUUGGAAGCAUACAAAUUGGCAGAAACUGCUCUCGAAAACUCUGUCAAACUCAGAGAAAAGGCCAUUGAUAAUGACAAGUCAAUCAUUGUUGACUUGAAGGAAAGAAUAGCUGAACUUAAUGGACCAUCAGUGCCUCAGGAAGAAGUUAGCAGAGUCAUUAAUCAAGUUGUAACCAACAGAAUGGGUUCAGUACAAUCAGGAUUUGCACCAUCUUCUUCUGAACCAACUAAGGAAGUUCACAUUCUUCAACCAAGAAAGAGAAAGAUUGAACAAAGCACCAUCCAAAAUGCCAACUCUUCUGAAACCAAAAAGACCAAAGAAGAAUAA